AUGGCUCGCCGCGCGUACCUGUACCUUGGCGUAUUAUUACUUGCCUACUCCGUGUUAGGUGAGUCGAGAGUCAAACGUCAGGAUGACGAUGGUGGUGACGAGGUGAACCCUGAACAGCUCUGUGAUGGACGGCCUCCAGACGAAUACUUCCGCCUUAGCACAGAAGGAGACUGCCGUGAUGUUGUCAGGUGCGACAAGGGUGCUGAGAAUGGAGUGACCAGACUAGCGUCCGUCAAGUGUCCUGGAGGUCUAGGCUUUGAUAUCGACCGUCAAACAUGUGACUGGAAAACCAAUGUUAAGAAUUGCGAUAAACUAGAAAGUCUUAAACAGAUCACUUGCCCCUCCGGACUGUCUUUUGAUCUUGAUAAACAGACCUGCGACUGGAAGGGUAAAGUGACCAACUGUGACAAACUUGAGAAGCCAAGAAAAGUGCUGCCACUUUUGAAGACAGAUGAACCUAUCUGCUCCGAAGGCAAGUUGGCCUGUGGCAGUGGGGAUUGUAUUGAAAAGGAGCUGUUUUGUAACGGAAAAUUUGAUUGCAAGGACGAAUCAGACGAGAAUGCUUGCACCGUCGAUUUAGAUCCGAACAGAGCACCUGACUGUGAUCCUAACCAAUGUGUUCUUCCUGACUGCUUCUGUUCCGCUGAUGGCACUCGCAUUCCUGGGGGUCUUGAAGUCAACCAGGUUCCUCAGAUGAUCACGAUCACCUUCAAUGGAGCUGUUAACGUAGACAACAUCGAUCUGUAUGAGCAAAUCUUCAACGGAAACAGACUAAACCCUAAUGGUUGCCAGGUUCGGGGAACAUUCUUCGUCUCACACAAAUAUAGUAACUACGCCGCUAUACAAGAGUUACAUCGUAAGGGACAUGAAAUCGCUGUAUUCUCCCUCACACACAAAGAUGACCCACAAUACUGGUCCAGUGGUACCUACGAUGACUGGUUGGCUGAGAUGGCCGGUGCCCGUCUUAUCGUUGAGAGGUUCGCCAACAUAACGGACGCUUCCAUCAUCGGAGUCCGAGCUCCAUACUUGCGUGUAGGUGGUAACAAGCAAUUCGAAAUGAUGGCUGACCAAUAUUUCGUCUAUGAUGCUUCCAUAACUGCCCCUCUUGGCCGAGUUCCAAUUUGGCCCUACACUUUGUACUUCCGUAUGCCACACAAAUGUAACGGUAACGCUCACAACUGUCCGUCAAGAAGCCACCCUGUAUGGGAAAUGGUAGUGAACGAGUUGGACCGACGUGAUGACCCUACAUUUGAUGAGUCCCUUCCAGGUUGUCACGUUGUCGAUUCUUGUUCCAACAUUCAAACCGGUGACCAAUUCGCCCGCCUUCUGCGUCACAACUUCAACCGUCACUACAGUACCAACCGUGCCCCACUUGGUCUUCACUUCCACGCCUCAUGGCUUAAAUCCAAGAAAGAAUUCAGAGAUGAGCUCAUCAAGUUCAUCGAAGAAAUGCUUACAAAGAGCGAUGUUUAUUUCACAUCACAAAUUCAAGUUAUCCAAUGGAUGCAAAACCCCACUGAAGUGUCUUCACUCCGAGACUUCCAAGAAUGGAAAAAUGACAAAUGCGACGUCAAGGGACAACCCUUCUGUUCCUUACCAAACGCAUGCCCCUUGACAACACGAGAGUUACCAGGAGAGACCCUUCGUUUGUUUACAUGUAUGGAGUGUCCCAAUAACUACCCAUGGAUUUUAGAUCCCACAGGAGAGGGUUUCAACGUGAAGAAGUGA